UUAGGACUUAAAAAUCAAACGUAUCUGGCAGUCCGUCUCUGUCUCUGUCUGAGUAAAAACACUAACUUCUCAAUUAAUACCACGUUUUAGGAGGCCCUGAACCCAUUACAGACGCUGCACAGCAAUUCUGCGCUUAGCUCUCUCCUCCUCUCGCUUUCUGCUUUUGUUCUUCUUCUCUCUUCUGGCUGCGGAAGAGGAGAGGAAAUGAAGAAGGUAAUGGCGUCUUCUCUCGUUGUUCUUCUACUGAUCUUGUGUUCGGGGAGUCAAGUGAGAUCGGAUGCGUCUGAUCAUCGCUACAAGGCGGGAGAUCCGGUGCCUCUUUACGCCAACAAGGUUGGUCCGUUUCAUAACCCCAGCGAAACGUAUCGUUAUUUUGAUCUACCCUUCUGUUCGCCAGGUCAUGUGACCGAGAAAAAGGAAGCUCUUGGUGAAGUCUUGAAUGGAGAUCGUUUGGUCAGUGCACCUUACAAGCUUGACUUCCUUUCCGAUAAAGACUCUGAACUUGUUUGCAGAAAGAAGCUGACAAAGGAAGAAGUUGCUCAAUUCCGGAAAGCAGUUUCCAAGGAUUACUACUUCCAAAUGUACUAUGAUGAUCUUCCAAUCUGGGGUUUCAUAGGGAAAGUUGACAAGGAAGGCAAGGCUGACCCAAGUGAAUACAAAUACUUCCUUUAUAAGCAUAUUCAUUUUGACAUCCUUUACAACAAGGACCGUGUCAUUGAGAUUAAUGUCCGGACGGACCCUAAUGCAUUGGUGGAUCUCACUGAGGAUAAGGAGGUUGAUGUGGAGUUCUUUUACACUGUGAAAUGGAAGGAAACCACCACUGCGUUUGAAAAGAGGAUGGAGAAAUACUCAUCAUCCUCCUCACUUCCCCAUCACUUGGAAAUCCACUGGUUCUCAAUUAUAAACUCAUGUGUUACAGUUCUUCUCCUAACUGGGUUUCUUGCCACCAUUCUCAUGCGAGUCCUUAAGAAUGACUUUGUCAAAUAUGCACAUGAUGAGGAGGCAGCUGACGACCAAGAAGAAACUGGAUGGAAGUAUAUUCAUGGUGAUGUGUUCAGGUACCCAAAGCACAAGUCUUUGUUUGCUGCAGCCCUUGGUUCUGGAACGCAGCUUUUUACCCUUACGGUGUUCAUUUUCAUUCUUGCGCUAGUUGGUGUAUUUUAUCCAUACAACCGAGGAGCUCUGUUCACUGCACUUGUUGUUGUAUAUGCUCUUACAUCAGGGAUUGCAGGAUAUACUGCAACCUCUUUCUAUUGUCAGCUUGAAGGAACAAAUUGGGUAAGGAAUAUGUUGUUGACAGGAUGCCUUUUCUGUGGACCUCUAUUCCUCACAUUCUGCUUCCUUAAUACUGUUGCGAUUGCUUAUAGUGCCACUGCAGCACUGCCAUUCGGCACAAUUGUGGUGAUAGUUCUUAUAUGGACAUUAGUAACAUCACCUUUGCUUGUGUUGGGUGGAAUUGCUGGUAAAAACAGUAAGUCCGAGUUCCAAGCACCUUGCCGCACCACAAAGUAUCCCAGAGAGAUUCCACCAUUGCCUUGGUACCGAGGGGCUCUUCCUCAGAUGGCGAUGGCAGGGUUUUUGCCUUUCAGUGCUAUCUACAUCGAACUUUACUACAUAUUUGCUAGUGUCUGGGGUCACAGGAUUUACACUAUCUAUAGCAUCCUUUUUAUUGUCUUCAUUAUUCUCCUGAUUGUUACUGCCUUCAUUACCGUAGCAUUGACAUACUUCCAACUUGCUGCGGAAGAUCAUGAAUGGUGGUGGAGGUCAUUUCUCUGUGGAGGGUCAACAGGCUUAUUUAUCUAUGGCUACUGUUUGUACUAUUACUAUGCACGAUCAGAUAUGUCUGGUUUUAUGCAAACCUCGUUCUUCUUUGGGUACAUGGCUUGCAUCUGCUAUGGUUUCUUCCUCAUGCUUGGGACUGUAGGUUUCCGUGCCUCGUUGCUUUUUGUACGUCAUAUAUAUCGGUCCAUCAAGUGUGAAUAGAGGGUUGGUCGACACCCGAGUCAUCAGGUAUGUUUCUUCCUCUUUCUAUAGGCUCUGUUAUAGGGAAGGUUAUAUGAUUUUUGUUAUAGGUAGACGGAGAGUACCUCUGAUCUUAGAAAACAGAAGUUGGGUCUCUCUCAAGGUCAUGUUUUCCCUAAAUGGGUUGGAGAUUUAUGUAAUGCUGUUACUAGAGGGAGUACGGCACAUCACGAGUUGUUUGUAUCGGGGGGUAUCUGUUAUCUGAGAAGACAAUCUGGGGCAACUCGGCAGAAGAUUGUAUCAUUAAAAAUUUUCUUGUCAUUUACAGUCCUUGGUUCAUCCUUCAGAAAAGUCCCCCUUUCCUUUUUCUUCUGGAUUUAUUCAGAAUAGAGCUUCCGAGAUUAAAACCUUAUAUUUUGAAUUUGCAGGCAUCAACCUCAAGUUCGUAUU